AUGAGACCUCCAUCCCCGAUCAUCCUGGAUUAUACCCUCCACGAUCUCUACACAUCCGAUACGGAAGAUAGCUUGGAGACUGUCUUGGUUUACUACCCUCUACAGUACAAGCACGACCAUGGAAACAAAGAGGUUAAGUAUGUCUACGGGUACAACAUGGAAGAAGAGGACGAAGGCGCCACAUCGUCUUCAACGAUGGCCGCCAGCCUGGUACCACAAAGAUACGCGUUUUCCGCUGGCAGAAUGCCUUUGGUCAUCCUGAACAUGGUUGCGCAAAGGAAAUUGAUCAGCGAAAGGGAAGAAAAUUCUCAAGCAGCUGGUUCUGUUCCCGCCCAUUAUCUUGAUAUUUACCGAACGUUCGCGCAGCUACACCCUGACCAGCGGCCAAGCGUGGUUUUUGCAAAGAAUCCGGACAGCAUUGAGUUAGGCUCGGGCGCGAGGAUUGUCAUUCUACAACCUACGGACUGCGUCUCGCAUUUACCGCACCUUAUCUGUCCAGAGGUCCAUUAUGAGAUUCUGUCAAAACGUGGGCUGGCCUUGUCCGGCUUACCCACACCACUGUCUAGGGUGAUUGACGCCAUUCUUGCCGACUACAGGGAUCCUAGUCUACUCGCAGAAGAGACUGCUCGGAUAACUGGUUACAUUGAGCAUUAUCAGGUACCGUUCAUGGUUAAACUCCCCCAGUCGAUUUCAGGGAUGGGCACAUUUGCCGUGACCUGCGAAACUGACCGAAUGCGGAUAAAAUCCAUGCUCUCAACCCAAUUAGGAAUCUUGCUACGGCAGCUCAAUCAGACAAACCGCCAUCUUCAUCCCUGCUCGAUAGUUCUUCAAGACUUUGUUGACGGACCUGUGGUGGCCCUGUCAAUGUUCGUCACGAAGACCGGUCAGCCCAUAUUCAUCGCCUGCUGUGAGCAAUUAUUCGAUAAUAAGUCGCAUUGGAUUGGCGGGACCAUCUCGUACCCACAGCAGGCACAGUUUCGAGAGACGUUUUCUACGCUCAUGGACAAGGUGGCUGCCUUCUUGCACCGCAAAGGGUAUCAUGGCCCUGCGGGCAUCGAUAUUGUCACCGACCAACACAGCGGAGAACAAUUCGUUAUCGAUCUAAACGUUCGGGUUACUGGGACUUUUCAUCUAGGGCCACUAAAGGGCCACUUCACGCAAAGGGGGCUGUCUGAGGCUGCUAUGACUAGCGGCGACUUCUUUUGUACGCGAGACAUGUUCGAGGAAGCCUUCUCGGAGGAGAUUCGACAAGGCAGUUUGUUGGUUAGCGGCUGGGUACACCACGAGUCUCCAUGUAAAAGCCAUGCUGCCAUCACUGUUGGGUCUAAGGAUCGUGAUAGUCUGCAGGAAUACCUUCGGCGCGUGAGGAUCGUGGGACAACCGGAUUAG